AUGGAGAAGCAGCUGCACUGGCCUGAACAUCAUCACCUCAAACAUGUCCUUAUUAACGCUCUAGCAGUCCUUCCCGAGCAAAGUUCCAAGUAUGUUAACUCUUUGGAAAUUGCUGUUCAAUACGCGAAAAAGCUGGAUGUGCAAAAGGUUCACGUAAUGGCUCGUAUAGCUGAACAGACGAAUGAGAACCGCGAAGUUUAUAUUAAGAAUAUUUGUUUGGCUUGUCAGGAAUUUAGAAAGGAAUCAAUAACUUGUCUCAUUGAACCGAUCUGUGAAGCUGCUAUUCCUGGCUACUUCAUGAAUUCUUAUCCAAAAGGUGCUAAUCGAUUUGACGCUACAAGUGUUGAAGGAAGUCAACGAGUAGAACUUAAAGAUUAUGUUGGACAUGUUCAGAUAGCUCAAGUACCAGGUCAUAUGACUGGUAUCUUCAGUGGGUACACCGUUAUGGACUUCUGA